GGCGCAGAGAACACCCUGCUACAUUUCCUAAUCGUGGGGCUGGCGUCCAGGCGGUAGAGCUGAAGCGAGCUGGUCACGAUGGGUGUGCUUCUCCCGUGCAGUCGGCUGGCCCUGGCUCUCACCCUCAUCCUGGUUUUGGACUCUUCCGUUCAAGGUUUACCUGCGCGGAGAGCCAGGUACCAGUGGGUCCGCUGCACUCCCGACAGUAUGUUUGCAAACUGCAUUGAUGAAAAGGGCCCAGUGUUCGACUCACCUCCGGGUGAAUCCAACAGAAUCCCCCCUCCGAGGACUGACCCUUUUUCAAUGGCAAGCACUCAGAACUUGAAUGAUGUCUUCCCUCUUUCUGAGGACUAUUCUGGCUCUGGCUCUGGCUCAGGAUCUGGAGGCGACUUCAUGAUGGGAAUGGAACAUGAAUACCAACCAGUAGAUAAAAAUGAUGCUUUUUAUUAUGACUAUAAGCCUGUGUCCUCAGACAACCCGGACUUGGGUCAGAAUGGACUAGAAGAGAAUUUUAUUAUGUAAGAAAGAGUGUUCCCGCCUUGACACCAGGCAAUGCAUUUGGCGUAUUUUGUGUACCAUAGCAAAAUGAUUAAUUUUUGGACAGAAAGUUUUAUAGAAAUUUUAAAACAUCUGAUUUAUUUACUUUUAUUGUCUGUCUGAAAAAGAAGUUUAAGUUUUAUCACCUUUUUUUUCUCAUGGAUUAUUAAAGCCUCUGUUAUCUAUACUAUUUUCCUUAUACUUGCGUUUCCUUAUAUUAUAUUCAGCCAACAUCACUGUGAAAGUAACUAGAUUCCAAAUGUCUAUAAAAUUGCUUUAAAGACUAAAUUGUACUGUUUUUCUUUUUAAAAAAAUCGGUUUGAGAAGCAAAUUGACCGGCAGUAUUUCAUACCUAAGUCUUCAGGAACCUGACUCUAAUUUUGAAUUAUAGAUAUACCCUAUUUUUAAUUAAAAAAAAAAACAGAUGAAACACACAAUGAAUUUACAGAGUGGGUAUCUGACAUUCUUACAGUGGAAAGUGCGCAGCUCUCACAUUACCACUGGCUGCGUCUGCAGAGUGACUGGACGUGGUUUGUUCAGAAGCACAAUUGCUGUUACCAUGACAAACUUAGGCCCAAUUCACAGCGCAGUUGUGCUCUCAGUACCUCGCAUGCUUUACCUUUCUCCCCGAUAUCUGUGUAUUUUCCAAUGUUAUCCUAUUAAAGCAUAAGUAUAAUCAAA